AUUUUCUAUAUGUGAUUCAAGCUGAAGAGUUCCUAUAAAAGCUUCUUAUACAUGCACUAGCUACCAAGCUACACCAUCCAUACGAAUCGAAAUAACAAAGGCCGAAUCUCGGUGAAUCGUGUUAGCAAGGUGACCUAUACCACUUAUUUACUCAAGAAAUUGCUUUAUAGAGGUUCUGAAAAUGUGUAAAGGUGUAGAAGAAAAAAGGGGUGCUAGAAUCUGCAGGAGGGUUCUGUCUGAAGGGGUUUCUUUUUCUUCUUCAUUUAGGGCAACAAGAGGUUCAACAUCUUGUGAGCUUUGUGGGUUGCAAGCUUCAUUGUAUUGCAAAGCUGAUGAUGCCUAAUUAUGUGGAAAAUGUGACAAAUUGGUUCAUGAAGCCAAUUUCUUAGCUCUUAGACACAUAAGGUGCUUUUUGUGUAACUCAUGUCAGAACCUUACAAGGAGGUAUGUUAUUGGAGUCUCAUUAGAGUUCUUUCUUCCAGCCACGGUAAGCGUAGAGGACCUUCUUAACAACGGCAACAGCAGAAGAAAUUGUUCAAGAAAGCAAAAUAGUCAUCUCAUAGGGUGGAAUCGUUGAAACUUGAAACCAUUGUAUUGGAAUUUCCAAGCUUGAUUGAAAAUGGCGAUCAUGAACGAGCCUCUUUGAGCAGAACAACAAGAUCUUGUGCCUCACCUGUGGAUUAUCCUCCUAUGCUCAUGGCGGAUUCCUCCAAAGAAGAGUUCUUGCAGCUCAUCAAACGCCUCACUCUCAAGAUUUCUAACAUCAUCGAUUCACACUCUAUUGGGGCUGUUGCGGGUCUUGCCAUUGCGAUUUUUUUCACCUGGAGGCUGUUGAGAUCACCUGGUGAACCUCAACCGAGGCAAAGAAAACGGCAAACGACUACUUCUAGUAAUCCUGGAGUCAGUACACAUUCAAAUGCCUCUGUAGUUCCUUCCGGAGUUCGUUCCCCCUCGGGCGAUUCAAGGGCACAGAAUGUAGUUGAUGAGCUGUUUCAGCCAGUCAAGCCAACCUUGGGCCAAAUUGUUAGGCAGAAGUUAAAUGAAGGAAGAAAGGUAACUUGUCGUCUUCUUGGAGUGAUCCUUGAGGAAACUAGUCCAGAGGAGCUUCAGAAACAAGUGACUGUGAAAUCCACUGUGCUUGAAGUAUUAUUGGAAAUAACAAAAUUUUGCGAUUUAUAUCUCAUGGAACGAGUUCUGGAUGAUGAAAGCGAGAAAAGAGUUCUUGUAGCAUUAGAAGAUGCUGGGGUAUUUACUUCUGGUGGUUUGGUCAAGGACAAGGUCCUCUUCUGUAGCACAGAGAUUGGGCGAUCUUCAUUUGUUCGGCAAUUGGAACCAGACUGGCAUAUCGACUCAAAUCCUGAAAUUAUCUCUCAGUUAGCUAGAUUUAUCAAAUACCAACUUCAUGUCUCUCCUUUUAGAACGGAACGAACUGCUGCUAACGUAUUCAGUGCUCCGUCCCUGGAACAGUUCUUUGGAUCCACAUGAAAUUUAGACAAUUGAAAAAGGGAUGUUAUUCAUAAAUUUAUACUAGUUUGUUUCUGUUUGCAUUUUGGAUUCCACCAUUACCAUACUUUUUCCCCAAUUUGUCUAGAUUUUUAAGAACUAGGUUAGAUUUUCUAGUUUAAUGGGCAGGUGAAAGACCUGCUGUGUAUCUGUGUAAUGAAAAUUUCUCUUAUUUUUUCUUUUGGCUUGGGGUUUGAAAUUUGUGCAUUGGAGGGUAUCACAUCCUUAGUUUUAGACUGUCAAGAUGUCAUUUUCUUUAGAUGUUUGUAUUUUUUCAUAGUUACUUGAUUUGCCGUCAUGGACAAUCUUUGGACCUUGUAAUUGAUCUUUCAGGUUGUAGACUUGUGGCCCUUUUCCUA